CAGGCCACCCUGCUGUCCUCUGUCCUCCCAGGAGAUCCUGUUGGCUGUGUGGCUCUGCGCAGAGAGGGCAGCUACGUGGUGGCCUCUGGCACCUGCCUUGGCCUCCUGGACUGGGCGACGGGGCAGGUGGAGUGGGCGGCCUGGCUGGACAGGGACAAGCGCCACAACAGGUUCAACGACGGGAAGGUGGACCCCGCCGGGAGGUUUGUGGCAGGCACCAUGCCAGAGGCGUCUGGCCCAGGAGUGUGGGAGCCGGGGCAGGGCUCCCUGUACACACUCUUCGCUGACCGCCCGGUGGUCAGACAGCUGGACUAGCUGGGCAUCCCCAACGGGCUGGACUGGUCCCUGGACCACCGCACUCUCUACCACGUGGAUAGCCUGGACUACUCUGUGCGGGACUCUGACUACGACCUACAGACAGGAGGCCUGGCAAACCCACGGCUGGUGUGCCAGCUGGAGCCAGAGCAAGGCAUGCCAGAUGGGCUGUGCGUGGACACCACGGGGACACUCUGGUUGGCCUGCAUUGAGGGAGGCAGGGUGAUCCGCAUGGACCCGGAGACAGGGACGCGGCUGUGCACCCUGAAGAUGCCAGUGUCCAGGGUGAUGUCCUGCUGUUUCAGGGGGGCUGACUACUCCGACCUGUACGUGACCUCUGCAGCGGACAGCCUGAGUCCCGAGCAGCUGUUGUGGGAGCCGCAGGCAGGACACGUCUUCAAGGUCACGGGCCUGGGGGUGACGCAUCCCGCCCCUUCGCUGGCUGAGGGACUCCACCGUCCAGCGCAGCUCAAGCCAGGCCUCCGUCCCUGGGGUGGGGCCAGGUUCGGCUCUGGCGGGGCACUCCCUGCCUGACCGCUGUUCACAGCUGAUAAUAAAUGUGGCCACCUCAA